AGGCGAACUGGUGAAUGGAGAUAUGACAGAGUAAUAACGUCUUAUUACAUGUGCACGAUUAAGUUAUUACAAACGUAAAGUGAUGGAGGACGGAAACAGGACUGAUGCUGCUUCCACAUCCAAGAGCCACGCAGGCUCACUCCACCUGCAGACUCCAAAGAAUGAGGACGCCUAUGAAAUUUCCAUCCCCUAUGAAGAGAGCAACUUUGAGCAGCAAGGAUUUUUCAAUCAGAGCGAUCAGAACUUUGAUGAGUCGCCCCCAUCUGCUGGCUCCUCUCAAGUAAACAACUCAUACAUGGUGAUCACCAACCUGCGAACCCAGCUACAGAUCUCUCUGGAGAAAAACUCUUGGCUGCAGAAAAGAAUAGAGGACUUGGAAGAGGAAAGGGACUUCCUCCGUUGCCAGCUGGACCGCUUCAUCUUUUCCACAAAAAGCCAGGGACAGGAGCCGAGUCAGAGCCAGUACAGUAACGGUUAUGAAUCUAGACGAUUCAACUGGAGGGUAAGAAGAGAGGAAGAUCGUCCCGUUGAGCAACAGAAGUCUGAGUCUCAGCAUUUCCCCUCACGUCAGUUUAUCCAACGAAGGCCUGGUCCUCCAACAAUGGUGCCUUCCAAAAACCAUGUUUCCAAUCCACUUACCAAUCAGCUUGCCUCUAUAAAUGCUUUGUUCAACUCUACACAAUCCCAGGCCCUAUUGCAGGGCCAUAGCCAUAGUGCUCCCAAUACCACAGCCAGCAGCAGCAGUGGCAACGGCAACAAUGCUACAAGGUCGUCCAUGAAUGAAAUGAGCGGGCAUGGCAACUUAGGUCAAGAUUCACUUUCACUCUUGGGAGAAUCUGAGGAUUACUUGGAGCAGGACGGCUACCUGGAGGAAGAGGAAAUGAUAUCAGGGGAAGAUUUAAUGCAAGAUACCAUACACAACAACAGACACCAAUUGAAGAGAAGGCGGAUCUUUCGGGCCCCUAGAGAGCGCCAGAGAGUGAAAGAUGCUGCUGGAGUGCUGUUCCGCUACAAGAAGAUCCUGCUAACAUACCAGCGUCUGAAAAAUAUGUCGAAAGCCUUCCAAAUCCAUGGUGUGGACCGCAACACGGUGGCUUCCACCACACCCAUCGCCGAGCUGCUACUAGUCGCCCCAGAGAAAGUGGCAGAGGUGGGCGAGUUUGACCCAUCCAAGGAGAAGCUGCUGGACUACGCCCGACGCUGCUACGCUGCCCUGGACGAGGAGACACUAAGCAGGGUGCAGGCCCUGAAGAAGAAUAACCUGCUCCUGCCCAUCUCCUACAGGUUUAGACACUGAGGAGAGAAAGAAAAAUGGGAUUUCUAUCUGGAAAACGGUGGACUGGUAGUUAAGUUUGGAGAGAAGAGGCAGUUUAGGCAGAGAGGCACCUCUCCUUCAAGCUCAGAGAUGUCCAGAGGCAUGAGGAAUUAUUUUGCAAUCUCUGCAUCCUGGAUAUGGCAAUGUGAACUGUGGCUGAGAUCCUUCUCUUUUUAAACAAAUAAACUUUUAACAUCUCACUUUUGUUAUCAAUAUGAUGUCAGUUUCAUUGAUAAAUCCUCACCAUCGUUCCAGUUAUAUUGAGGAAAUGGGAGUGCCUGCUGCAUUCAGAAAGAGAAAAAAAUGGUUCUCAUUGCUCAAAGAGAAAAAAUGGUAUGUCUGCGAUUCAGAAUGUUGGAACAAGAAUAUGUCUUUACUAUUUGGAUCGCUUUUCUUUAAAUGAGUGUAUGAGUUGGCUUGUUCAUGUUUUGGCCUCAAGUUUGCAGUGACACACAUAUCUUUCUUUCCUGAACAUCUUGAUCAUCUUGUGGCUAGUAGUUCAUGAAUGGAUUGUCUAUCAUUUCAGUUCAUGACAGUUUAAAUUAUUUAAAAAGCAUAGCCAUUUUGUAACACGUUAUUUGUGUAUUAGAUCCUAAAAAUACGGUAGCUUUCACUCACAAUGUUUGUGUAUGUUAAAAUCAUGUUGCACUCCUUAUGUUUUAUAGAAUUAUAAUGUACUUUUAAAAGAUCAUCAUCAUUUCCUUUUUGUUUAUAUUGGUCUUUUUGUUUUUCUUGUAUUAUUUUUGACAUUGUCAUUAUACCCUCAACCAUUUCACUUGCCUUAAUCACAUAUUUGUGAUUUCCUUGCGCUAGACAUGGAAUGGUUUUGGGCUAAUGUCACUACCUGAACGCCACCUAAAUUGUAGUCUUGAAGUCAUUUCAGUCUCUUUUGCUUCCCAUUUCUUUGGCUUUAAAGGGGAGGAGAAGGAAACACAUAUGACAGAUCCCUGUUUUUAAGUUAAGAAUCAAAGACAAACACAAAAAUGUUUGUGAUAUUAAAUGCGUUUGACUCAUUGUAUAAAUAACUGUUGGUCCUGGGAUCAGUUUUAACAACGAUACUGCUGCAUUACUCUGUUGUUCCACUAAGGGUUUUUUAAAUUAUCUGUACUAUGAUACAGUAAGUGUCUAAUCCUUCUGGUAUUGUGGCUCUUGCUAUAAUGCUUUUGUGACAAAAAUACCUUUUGUAAGACGGUGCAGAUCUUUUACUUAACUAGCUAUUUUUAACUUUGUGUAACUUCUUGUUCAGUGAGCAAAACUGUGGGCAUUAAUCACACAAACAAUUUUACAAUGCGAGUGUCAGAAUCAGCAAAAGCAACUAUUUUACCAGUACUCCACUACAAAUUCAUGUGAAAAGAACUCUGUGAUUGUCCGUAGGUUUGUAGAGGUUUUGUCAAAAUACAUAAUUUCCAAUGCAGCACACAUGUUGAUUAUAUUGUACAAUAAUGCAUGGUGUUUAUAUGGGUGCAGUGAAAUUAUGAUAUCUCUUAUAUUAAAACAGAUAACAGUGGAAUACAGUGACUUUUGGCUUAAUUAUAUAAACAGAUAGGUACUCCCAUCUGUGGAAGUUAUGCCAUUUUCAUUAUCUGAUUGUUGGUAU